AAGGAGUAAUAGAUUACGUUUUCCUUGUUACAGGUGCAGAACAAACGGAUGAGGACCAUCACGAAUCUUUUCCUUUUGAAUUUGGCGGUUUCGGAUUUGCUACUUGGCGUAUUGUGUAUGCCGUUUACUCUUGUUGGAGCGCUCUUGCGAGAUUUCAUCUUUGGCGAAUUUAUGUGCAAACUCUUGCCAUAUUUGCAAGCUUGCUCCGUGUCAGUUGGAGUGUGGACAUUGGUGGCCAUAUCCGUCGAACGCUACUACGCCAUUUGCCAUCCAUUACGAUCACUUCGUUGGCAAACCGUCAACCAUGCGUAUAAAACGAUCUGCACGAUAUGGUCCGGAAGCUUUAUAUGCAUGUCACCGAUUGCAAUGCUGAGUAAGCUUCAACCUACCAAUCAAGGUCAUCACAAGUGUCGAGAAAACUGGCCAUCACUCGAAUUCGAGCAAGUAUAUAAUAUACUUCUUGAUAUAGUACUCCUAGUUAUUCCUCUUCUUGUUCUUGCUCUUACCUACUCUUUGAUUACAAGGACCCUUUGGAAGGGUAUAAGACGAGAAAAGUGUUUCAAACAUCAUGAAGUUUCAGGCAAGGAAGUCACCCAAUUCUAUUUAAACCGAAGCCGCUCGGCAAUCAGUAAAUGGGAAUACUGUAUUCAGGAGCCGUCGGAGGGACGUAAACUUCGCUACAGCUCCGCACAGGACCUUUCCAAUUCGAGUAGGUAUCGGAAACCCGGGAAAGGCCUGCGACGUACGAAUGCCGAGAAAAGUCUGAUUAAUAAGAAGCGUGUAAUCAAGAUGCUUUUCGCUGUCGUUCUCGAAUUUUUCAUAUGUUGGACGCCUUUGUACGUAGUGAAUACAAUUGCCCUUUUUCAACCGUCAAUCAUUUACAGCAGUAUUGGCUACACGGGCGUAAGCUUCUUUCAGUUGUUAGCCUAUACUUCGAGUUGCUGUAAUCCAAUCACUUACUGUUUCAUGAACUGCGGUUUUAGAAAGUCUUUUUUAAAUUUAUUUCAGUGCAUGAAAAAAUUUCAAGAGAAUGGUGGGUUUGUGCUUGGACACACUAGUGAAUUUAAUUUAGACGUGAAAAGUGCAAGUAAAAAUAGUACAGAACACGCUCUCUCGCCGCUGUUGUGAGUUUACAUUUUUAUGCAGACAAUGUAGGAAGUUGUUGUUCCUGUUUCGCUGUCAUUGUUGGUAAAUGUAUUGCAU